CCGCGGCGGGUCAGGGGUCGCGGGUUCGAGUCCCGGCGCAGACGGCGGUCACAAUGUCGCGGCGGGCGGUGCUGUUCGACCUGGGCGGCGUGCUGUUCGGGCCCGGCCUGCAGCACCACCUGGGCUCCUGCGAGCGGGACUGCGCCCUGCCCAGCAAUUUCUUGCGGGAUGUUCUGCUUGCUGGCGGCCCCGACAGCCCCCACGCCAGGGUGAUGCGGGGGCAGAUCACCCUGUCCCAGCUCUUCUCGGAGGUGGAGGAGGGCUGCAAGCAGCGCGCCUCGGCCGCGGGCAUCGCGCUGCCGCCCACCUUCUCCAUCGCCCGGGCUUUCGAGGACAUGGCCACCAAGGGGGCCAUCAAUGCCCCCCUCCUGCGAGCCGCCGGCGUGCUGCGGAGGAACGGGUUUAAGACCGGCGUCUUCACCAACAACUGGGUGGACGACAGCGCGGGGCGGCUCUUCACGGCCACGCUGCUGGGCGCGCUGCGCAGGCACUUCGACGUGGUGAUCGAGUCGUGCCGCGCCGGGCUGCACAAGCCGGACCCCCGGCUCUACGCCCACGCCCUGGAGGUGCUGCAGGCCAAGCCGCAGGACGUGAUCCUGCUGGACGACAUCGGGGAGAACUUGAAGCCGGCCCGGGAGAUGGGCAUGGCCACCAUCCUCGUCAGGGACACCGAAAACGUCCUGAAGGAGCUGCAGGAGCUCUCGGGUGUCCAGCUUCUCCACCAGGACGAGCCGCUGCCGACCGCCUGCGACCCGGCCGACGUGAGCCACGGAUACGUGCCCAUACGGCCCGGCGUCCAGCUGCACUUCGUGGAGAUGGGGCAGGGCCCCCCCGUGUGCCUCUGUCACGGCUUCCCCGAGGUCUGGCUGUCCUGGCGCUACCAGAUCCCCGCGCUGGCUGACGCCGGGUUCCGCGUCAUCGCUUUGGAGAUGAAGGGCUACGGCGAGUCCACGGCGCCGCCGGAUAUCGAAGAGUAUUCCCAGGAGCAGAUCUGCAAGGACCUGGCGAUUUUCCUGGACAAACUGGGCAUCCCGCAGGCCGUGUUCAUCGGCCACGACUGGGGCGGCGCGGUGGUGUGGAACAUGGCCCUCUUCUACCCCGAAAGAGUGAGGGCUGUGGCCUCGCUCAACACCCCGUACCGGCCCGCGGACCCCACCGUGGACAUAGUGGAGAAGAUGAAAAGCAUCCCCACGUUCCAAUACCAGUUCUACUUCCAGGAGCCGGGCGUCGCGGAGGCAGAGCUGGAGAAGGACGUGGGGCGCACGCUGAAGGCGCUGAUCCGCUCCGCCCGCCGGGAGGACCGCCUGCCCUCCGCGCCCAGCAUCCUCGGCAUCCAGGAGCGAGGGGGGCUGCUGGUCGGCUUCCCCGAAAACCCUCCGGAGAGCCUGAUCCUGCCCGGCCCCGAGCUGCAGUACUACACCGAGCGCUUCCAGAAGUCCGGCUUCAGGGGUCCCCUGAACUGGUACCGGAACAUGCGGCCCAACUGGCGCUGGGCGCUCGCCGCCAAGGACAGGAAGAUCCUGAUGCCCGCGCUGAUGGUGACGGCGGGGAAGGACGUGGUGCUGCACCCCAGCAUGAGCAAGGGCAUGGAGGAGUGGGUGCCGCAGCUGCGCCGGGGACACCUCGAGGACUGCGGCCACUGGACGCAGAUGGAGAGGCCGGCGGCGGUGAACAAGAUCCUGGUGGAGUGGCUCGAGGGGCUCCCCGCCGACGGGGCCGUGCCCAGGGUGUCCCGGCUGUGAGUGGGGCGGGGGGCAGACCCCCACCCCAAAGCCCUCGCUCCCGGCGCGCUUUUCCCUGCCUCGCCCCGACCCCGUUCCGGGGGGCUGCCCGUGCUCUGGGGCUGUGCUCAGGGGGGGGUCCCUGGUGUUCUCCGGGAGGUUUGGAUGCACUAAUGUUAAUUAAUGCUGCUGCAGAUGUUGCCCCCCCGCCCUGUAACCCGUGGAGAAAUAAAGCACGAGGUGACCGGAG